UAUAACAUAUCCCAAUGUUUCCUCAGUUUGAUGAAUUGAGGUUUAUUCCUCAGUAAGCUAUAAUUUCAAGAGCAGUCUAACAUAUUAAAUGUAUUUCUAAUAUAAUUUCUUAUAUUUCAGCUCUGCCUUAUAAACUAGUUAAGGGCCCAAAAACGUACCAAACUUCUACGACUCUAGCAGAGGCGCGAAUAUUCUCACCAAGUGAAGAGCUUUGAUGGUCAUCGAUUUCAAGCUAGCUUUUGCCAUUCGGAGAAAAUAAUCACAAAAGGUGCGACAUACAACUAUGUUCCCUUGUGCCAGCUUUAUAGCUCUGGAUUACGUCUUCGAGACCAGAAACCAUCUGACGGUGAUGAUGGAUUUGUUGUCCCUACCCACACCUUACAUACCUUACAAGGAUGACCAUUACCCUCACAGUGGCACCCUGGCAGAGGUCACUUACAGGAAACCUUGGCUCAGAGGGAAGCUGAUUUCCACGUGUACGCUCAGCACUUCCGUCCUGGAUGACCUUCGAAUAACAGAACACAAUUUCACAGAAAAAUUUGAUGACCUUGGGAGUAUCAAGGACAAGAUGGAGAACAGAGCAAGCUGUCCGGCAGCCUCAGCAGAGCUUCUCCACCAGGGUGAGGAGUCGAAGCUUCCUCGUCUGUUUGAGGAAUCAUUCCUCAAGUUGACUGUGCAGCUGGAUCUUGGAACUAAAGAAAAAGACCUGCUCCUACCAGAAGACAUCAUGGCCGCCAAUUUCCUGCCUCGUUUUAAACAUUUGCCCACCCUGAAGAGAAAAGUGUCCCGUCUGAAGACCCUGUUGGUGGCCGACCCGCUAAUAAGCUUGAGCGGAGACUCCGUCACCGAGGAAGCAAUAUUCAGGCACUGUGUGCCUUAUGAAAGGUCCAGUGAUGAACUGCACAUUGAAGAUAUCACCGAGGUGUUUACAAAAGAGUCACUAAUGCCAAAUGAGACUUUGCAGUUACCUGAGCUUCUGGACAACUGCAUGAUGACCAUCGACUCUCCCAGAAGCUUUUCGAGUGUUUGCCGUAGUUUGUCCGUUGUUGCAGAACAGCAGAACGAGCAACUUCCUGACCUUGAGGCGCUUUAUAAAGAUGAGCCGGCAUCAGUGGACAUUUCUCAUUUUUCUUCAGUGCAAACGACUGGCAAAGGAGACUGGAUGAAGGACGCCCCUCCAGAAUGGGUUACGCUUCCAACCGAAAUGGAGCUGGAGGUGACUCUGACUCCACCUCGUGUUGCCACCGGUCACUACCAUGGCUGUCUGAGCAUAUGUGACUUUGAGAGGGAAGAAUUGUCUCCAACGGACAUCUCUUUAGUGUCACCGGGAGCUCAGAACCAGAUGGUGGCGGCACUCUGGAAGGCCGAGAAGUAUUCAAACGAUGUACUGCGCUUGCUGUUUGCAGAACCCGAAGUAGAAGAAGCAGCCUUUCACUUCCAGCCUCUGAGCGAAGCCUUGAAGUCAACCCCCUUGGAGAGUUUGACUGUCGAGACUGAGUUCGGAGAGUUGUUUGGUCGCAUGCGGGAGACUCCGGAGAGCCUGAGCACCGAGGUUCCUUCUUAUGGGGACGACUGCGUGGUGGAAGACUUCAGCAAAGUGGUACCAGAACGUGAUGACUGCUUCCACAGUAUUUCACCUCCCCCAGAAGAAUGUGAAACUGCUGCUGUCUUGGUCCAAAAGCACACAGGUUCUUCUGAGUUCUCCCCAAAAACGCUCCCUUUUGACACAAAGGAAGUCAAACCUUCAACAAGCUCUGACAACAAAACCGCAAACAAGUCAUCUGUCCAAGUCCUGCCCAUACCUUCAUCUCGUAAGACGGAUGGCAACUUCCGAAGCCAGAAAAUGGCUGACCAGGGAGGCGUCCUCACGGCAGCCAGACGUCGUCCAGUGCAGCACGUCGACCCGCUGACCACCUUCAUGAUGCUGCGGUCACAGCGGGCAUCCACUCCCACUGCAGCGCCGGAGGAGAAACAAGAAAAAGAGAGCUUCUCUGAGGUGCAGUCUACUCCACAGCAGAUACGUAAAUCAGACGGGAAGACCACCACCGCCGCCUCCGCCGCCAUUACAGCCGCGGCGUCGGGACACGCCUCGAGAGGACAGAUCACCACUGCUGGCCAGGAUGCGCCCAACAGCAGAGUGGUUCAAGUCCAAGCCACUGACAGUCAGCGUCAGGCCUACCGCGAGCUGCUGUCCUUGGCCCGGCUUCGUCUGUCCUCUGCCAAAGAGCUGGGCCUUCAGCUCCCCGCCUGGAGCGACUUUGAGCGCCUGGCCCCGGACCAGACGCGCUACAUUCUCAAACAGAGAGAGAUGGCGCUGUGUAGAAGGACAGAAGUGGAAGGAGGAGAUGAGGAGCAGCUGUUCCACCGGGUGCUUGUGAUCCACAUGCUGGUAACGGCCAAGGAGCUGCUGUUCAAGUGUGACGUGGGCGCCGCUUUGGAGUACCUCAACAAGGCAACAGAGACAUGUACCGACACGGACGUCAUUCAGCUGCUGAGGAGGCUGCACAUCAUUUCACACCUCGGGCGCAGGAACCAUGAGUCCGACGGGAAACUGCUGGAGCUGCAAAAGCUGGUGGCGGCACGGCUGCACAAUGACAAAAUUCUUGUCAUCAUGUCGCUUGAUUGUGACGACAGAAUGUCCACAAUCGUGCAAAGCUUGAAAAAACUAACUGCUGUAAGUACAGUUCGCCCUGAUAACGACAAGAGCAAACUGAACGGCGCCAAUGUUGUCAGCAGGUAAGUUUAUCAAGAACAUGAAUAAGAGUGGACUUAAAAGGCUUAUCAUUUCCUAUAAAGGCCACACGGUGGUGGCAAAGCACUCCUUUUCUAUCUACAUAAAUCUACCCUCACUUGAACUGUUCCUUGGCACCAAGUUCGCACAAGAUUGCGCCAAGGCAGUACUUUUAUUUGACAAGGUUUUGGCCUGAUCUCAAAAGCAGCUUUUGCUAUGCA